CCCAGCGCCACAGGCUGGACAAUGCCGGGCCCCGGGGUAUUGUGGGAGUUGUAGUCCCAACUCGACGACUUCCUCUCCGGGCUGCGAGGGAGGCUUCGGCGUUUUAACUACAGCUCCCGAGAGCCUCAGUCAGCAGCCGCGACGUUAUUGGGCUUCAAUGGUAUAUCUCGAGCUCCCCGCCCCCACCUUCCCCAGCCUGUGGCGGUUAGAGGGCGGGGCUGAAUUCUCAGUCACCACCGCCUCCCCUGGCUGUGGCUAGGGGAGGUCCCCGCCGCUCUCCCCUUCGGGCACUCGCUGCCAACCCCACAGGGCGACCCCUCCCCGCCUCCCAGAUUGGCGAGGUGACUACGAGCGAUGUUGAGUCUCUGGCUUUUAGGGGCCAAGGGUUUCUCGGGGCUGCUGCCCGUGCCGCCGCCGCCAGCUCUGCAGUCUUGUUAAACAGCGUCACACACGUAUCAUCAUAAACGGAGGCGUGGGCCUGCCAGGGUGAACGAGGAGGCGUUAGAGUCGUGUUGGGAUUCCCUUGAAUGCGGCGCCUGCGGAGACGGCUGCGGCUGCCCAGUAGGAGCACCUGCUUCGUGUUCAAUUCGGUUGAUCGUCUGGUUCGCAGUCAAAUGCUCUCUUUUGUGCCAUUUGGACGGGCGUUUCCCUUUAGUACUUUUGGAACCGGAGAACAUUCCACCCCCUCCAGUUAUUUACACGCAGCCUCUGUCACGCAUCUUUGCAGAUCCCGGAAGAUCCCUCUAGGCAGAGAGCUCGCUCCCAGCAGGAUGACUGUGGCAAUCUUUGAAAACUGUGUGUUCUUUCUUAAAGUGAAACAUUUACCCAUUCAGGAGAAGAAUAGACUGAGAACAUGCAUUAGAGAAAAUGGCGGAAUAAUUUAUUUUGUGCUAAAUCAUGAGUGUACACAUGUCAUUGUGGAUAAUGUUGCUGUACUCAGCUCUUAUCAUCUGAAAACUAUAGAGAAGUAUCGACUCCCCAUUGUAAGUGUUGAUUUUGUAUGGAAAGCAGCUGAAGAAGGAAAACUUUUACAGAUUGAUGGCUAUGAGUCUAGUAAAUCUUUGGAAGGUAGUUCUGAUCAAAAGCCAAGCCGUUAUGGUGAGAAAAACCACUCCUCUUCUGAACAUGACAUUAAGGAGAAACAGGAUGCCACUGAGAAGAAUGAAAACUGUGGCCCUGAUCCCACUCCCUUGGAAGUCAGUGAGAGCUCCGUUGGGCCCAAUAUGGAGAACAUCAGAUUUUAUACAGAAAAUGAUCAAGAUAUUCCUUAUUUUCCACAAGAUUUUGAAGUUGCAAAAUAUGAUGUCCUGGAAAAAAUUAGUACUGAGAUAGGCAAACAAGUUGUAGUUACUGAAUUGCAGUGUUCCCAGGAAUCGUGUGAGUUUCCCUUUCGAAUAUCUGCACAUUUCAGCAUGUCAGAUGGAUUCAAGAGUAAAAAACAGUUCAUAGCAACUAAGACUUCUGAAGAAGUAAGAGAAAAUUAUGAGAUUUAUAUUGAAGAUUUGAAGAACCAGGAUCUUCUGUUAAGAGAAACCUUUCCACCAAGUGCAGACUAUUUAGCCUCUAUGAAAUUACAAGAGCUACUUCUGGAGGAAGCCAUAAAUUCAAGCACUUUAUCCCAAGAAACAAGUGCUUUUGUGGACCUGAUCUGGGCAGAAGCACUUGGUCAUUUGGAUCAUUUACUACUUGAACCAGUAAACAACAUCAGCCUAAAUGAUGUGAGCAAAGGGGAAGGUAUUCUACUUCAAAUAAAGAAUGCAAUAAAUGAGGGAACAGCAGCAAAGGCACUGAAAGCGAUGAUGAUGGAGUUCUAUCGAAUUAUACGUCACAAAAGUGGAAUAGACUAUAAUAUUACCAAAAAACUGUUAUCUAGCAAACAGGACCUCUGUCAGCUAAUCAGAGACAUGCUUAAUGUCUGCGAAACAAGUAUGUCAAGCCCUAACCCACCAUCUCUUGCUAAAUACCGGGCUUUAAGGUGCAAGAUAGAAGCUAUCAAUCCAAACAGUGAAGAAUUUCUCAAUGUUAAACAGCAGGUGUUGAAAAAUAAUCACAGUGACUGUCCAGUGCAAGUUUUACAAAUAUACAGAGUUGGUAGAAUAAGUGAAACAGCAGAGUUUCUGAGUAGUCUUGGGAAUGUUCAGUCCUUAUUCCAUGCAUCAUCUGUGCGCAACUUCGUUGGAAUUCUCUCCCGAGGUCUCCUUUUACCAAAGAUAGUGGUUGAAGAUCAUGGCAUGGAAAGAACUGAUAUUGGGAACCUAGGGAGUGGCAUUUAUUUCAGUGAUUCUAUCAGUACAAGCACUAAAUAUUCUCUACCAAGUGAAAUGGAUGGAACUCGACUGUUGGCUGUGUGUAAUGUGGCACUCGGAACCUGCUUGGAUUUGUAUAAAAAAGAUUUGUCAUUAACUAAUGCGCCAGCAGGAUAUGACAGCGUGCAUGGAGUCCGUAAAACAGCAAACAUCUCUUCAGAUUUUGAGGAUGAUGAAUUUGUUGUAUACAAAACCUGUCAGGUUAAAAUGAAAUACAUUGUUAAGUUUUGCCUUGCUGGAGACGAAGUAAAGCAGUUUCAGCCUGGAAUUGAGACAGAAUUAGAGCAAGAUCAGCCAGUGACUUCACAUUGUCAUUUACAUCCCGAAGACUAUGCAUUACCAAGUAUAAAUUUUUUAAACCACGUAAAAACUGGUCUUCAGGACACAUCUGGAAACCCAGUCCCUCUUGAAGAUAUUCAUAUCAAGGGGAGGAUAAUGGACUUCAUAGCACAGAUAGUAGUGUUUCAGACAUACACCAAUCAGAAUGAUAAUUCCAUUGAGGCAAAAUAUGUCUUUCCUUUGGAUAGCACAGCAGCUGUAUGUGGAUUUGAGGCUUUCAUCAAUGGGAAACAUAUUGUUGGAAAGGUUAAAGAAAAGGAACAAGCACAUAAGGAAUAUAGAGAAGCAAUCAGUAGAGGUGAUGGCGCUUACUUGAUGGACCAGGAUGCCCCAGAUGUUUUUACUGUAAGUGUUGGAAACUUACCACCUAAAACUACAGUUCUUAUCAAAGUCACCUACAUAGCUGAGCUUAGUUUUCAGGAUGGCUGUAUUACUUUUCAAAUGCCUGCUGCUGUGGCUCCUUGGCAACAAGACAAAGCCUUAAAUGAAAACACACAGGAUACAGUAAAGAAGGUUUGUGUUAAACAAAUAGGAACAAAAAAGGGUGGAUUCUGUUUGGCCAUGUCUAUUGAAAUGCCGUACAGUAUUGAACACAUUCAUAGUUGGACGCACACACUUAAAAUAAAGGUAAGUAAAUCUUCUUGCAACUGUUUUUCUGUUUUAGAGCUUAUGGCAUGCAUGCUUGUAUUUCAACCAAAGUUUGAAACAAGUUUUAAAGGAAUCCAGCUAUCUGGAGAAAUUAUUAUUUGUCUAGAUUGCUCCAAUUCCAUGGAGGGUUCAACACUGCAACAAGCAAAGCAGAUUGCUCUCCAUGCUCUACAAAGGUUUUGUUUUGGACAGAGAGUGACUGUUAUCAGAUUUGGCACAAAUUUCACAGAAUUUUCUUCAUAUUCAAAGAAUAUCAAAAGUGAUCUUGCAGCAGUGAAGGAGUUUAUUAUAUCAGCUACACCUACAAUGGGAAAUACUGACUUAUGGAAAACCUUACGUUAUUUAAGUUUGUUGUAUCCUUCUCAAAGAAAGCGUAACAUUCUUCUUCUAUCCGAUGGGCACAUUCAGAAUGAGAGCAUGACCUUCCAAAUUGUGAAAGAGAAUGUCAGACACACCAGGUUAUUUACAUGUGGUGUUGGUUCCACAGCAAAUCAUCACAUGCUAAGAUCUUUGUCUCAAUAUGGUGCUGGAGCAUAUGAAUAUUUUGACCCAAAAUCGAAGUAUAAUUGGCUAAAAAAGAUAGAAAGCCAGACAUCCAGAAUAUUUUCUCCAGGAUGCAGUUCUGUCUCUAUUAAAUGGCAACAGUUUGACUCAAAUGCACCAGAGCCAUUGCAGGCUCCUGCUCAAAUACAGUCUUUAUUUAACAAUGAAAGACUUCUUGUCUAUGGAUUUAUCCCACGUUGUACUCAGGCUACCUUAAAUGCACUAAUAAAUGAUCAAGAAUUGCAAGCAAUGGUAUCUACCACUGAAUUACAGAAGACAACAGGAACACUUCUCCACAAACUCACAGCAAGAGCCCUGAUUAGAGAUUAUGAAGAUGGGAUACUUCAUGAAAAUGAAACAGAACAUGAGAUGAAGAAACAUACUUUGAAAGCCCUGAUUAUUAACCUCAGCCUGGAGAACUCCAUCAUAACCCAGUUCACAAGCUUUGUGGCAGUAGAAAAAAGGGAUGUUAAUGAAGUUCAGCAUGCUGGUCUUCCAAACAUUCUUGAACUUAUAGCUGAGGAAGAUAUAGACUUUUUACCCUACAUGGACUGGGAGCAUGAUACAUCUAGACAUGGAUACCUGUUUUCUAAUAGAGGAGUGGGAUUCAGAAGAUGUGAAUUGGCCUCUGACUCUGCUGCCAAACCAGGCGGUGCCCUGUCCCCCAAGGACACCGAGUCCAGGGAGGAGCUGCUGAUGGCUAUCUACCCCAUGGAGACGGAUGACACCUACAGAGCCAAGGUUGUAUUUCCCCAGGUCACCACUGCUGCUUUCCUGUCUGGCCAGCUGGUGGGGACAGGGGAUAUCCCUGACAGUGCACAGAGAUUAGAAGGCAUGGUCCUACCAACAGCAGCCUCUGGCAGGCCCAAGAGAGAUGCUGCACUGCUAGCUCUGCCUGGCUGGCAAGGAGCUGAUACCAGGAUCCGCUGUUUGGAAAAUGAGCAGGAUGCUAAUGAAGUUCAGCAUGCUGGUCUUCCAAACAUUCCUAUGGCUCCUGAACGUUUAGACUUUUUACGCUCUGUGGACUGGGAGCAUGAUACAUCUGGACAUGGAUCCCUGUUUUCUAAUAGAGGAGUGGGUGAAUCGGUUCCUUUUCAUGAAGUAACUAGUGGUUUUUCUGACCACUUCCAAAUUGGAGGAGCUAAUAAGCUGAAAAGUCUCCAAUUUCAAAGUGACAAGGAACUUCCCUUGGUUGAACAGUGCAUCUUACCAGAUUCCAUUGGAUUCAGCAGCCUUUAUAAAACUGAAGCUGAAUAUGAUGCUGGUGCCACUGAAGUUGGACUAUUUGCAUCUAUCUCUGAGCCACAACGAAAAUUCAGAGGGUUUAGUCAAUCACUUUUAAAAAUCAGACUUCCGAAGCCUCCACGUGGUCCGCCAUUUCCUCAACAUUCACAGGCUACUAGCAUUAAUUUUUCUGUUCAAGCUCCUUGCCCUCCUCCUUGCCCUCUUCCUGGCCUUUCUUCUUGGCUUCCUCCUUGCCCUCCUCCUCUUCCUGGCGCUGCUUCUUGCCCUCCUCUUCCUGGCGCUGCUGCUUUCCCUUGCCCUCCUCCUCCUCCUCCUCUUUUUGGCGCUGCUGCUGGCCCUCCUGAAUUCACUCAGGGGCUUUCUUCGUAUAUAAGGAGCUCAUUUACUCCUGUGGGCAGAACCCUGAAGAAGGCAAAUUUUGAAGCACAAGUUACUCCUGAAGUUCUUGCUUCAUCUGCUAGGUUAAGACUAGGAUCACCAAUACUACAAAUUGCACCAAAGUGUAGACAAAAACUUCAUCGUGAGCUCAGCAAGGAUCUUGUCUUAACAGCAAUGAGGAAAAAACAGCUUGGUAAAACAUCACCACAGAUGAGGAUUCAACGAAGUCCACCAAGUGCUAUAACCUGGACUCAUAUUUUUAAGCUCCAAAAUCAGGAUGGCUUUUGGAAUCUCAGCCCAGAACUUGGGAUUAUUUUGGAUCUUGACGUGGAUUAUUUAACCAAUAUUUUCCUUGCAAAAAAAGGCAUUUGGUCCCUAGGUCCUAAAGGAAGAGAAGUAUUGCAGUUGAUUGCUACACUUUUGGUGCUGCAGUUCAUACGUUAUAAUCAGCAACUGGAAGGGAUAACCUUCAAAUCUCUAAUGAAACUGGAUGAUUCGCCCACUUCAAGUGCUAUUCACUGGGCUUUUGCUUCAGUAAAGAAAGCAGUGGAAUGGGUAAGAAGAGUUGACAGACAAUUUCCAGCUAUCUGUCAUCGUCUUGAACUUGGGAAGGAUUGGGACUCUGCCACUAAGAAGUUGUUGGGUAUUGAGUUAAUCAGCACUAACUUUCCUCCACAUAUUUAAUCACAGAAGACUUCUAUAAGAGUUAGCUACUUUACUCAUUUUGCAAUUAUAAGACUGUCAUAAACAGAUAGUUAAGGGUUAAUGUCUCUUUUACCUGUAAAGGGUUAACAAGCUCAGUGAACCUGGCU